UUUGUCUGCGAGAGAGAGAGAGAAAGAGACUUAUAAAAAGUUAGUUUGUUGGAUCAUCAGGAAGAGAGAGUCGAGUCGCUUCUCGAUUCGUUUGCUUGGAAAUUGAUUCUUAAGGAACGACAAUGGCGUUGUCCGCUUUGAAUCAGCUCUAUCUCGCCCUCGCCAAUAAACCCGAGCAGGAGAAGAUAACGGCGGAAGAGAUGAGUGUGAUUGCCUCUUGCCAUCUCAAAGUUCUCUGGACUGCUGGCUUUGCCUCUGGUCUAGCUGGUGGUUUAGGUUGGCAAGUGGCGAAAAAGAUGAAAAUGCUGAAGCUUCCUCUUACAGUUUUACCUGCUGUGGCGGCUUUUACUGCUGCUUGGGAUUGGUCAAACUCCACUACUGCUGUUUCAUGCCUUGAUAACAUUCUUAGGCAAGAUGCUACACGUAUGCAGAGAGAGCUUGUCAAUGUCUUAGUCAAGUACAACAGAGGUGAAGCUUGGAGAUGGCAGCUUAUGUCCAAGCACUUCUACCCUGAAGCUGUUUACAACGAUCAAGGAGAGAAACCUCAGAUGCGCUGGCGUAAGAGGAGAACUUUCACUGAAAUCCCCGCUUCUUAUGAUGAUGAUGAUGUAGAUGAUGCCAAACCUCAGAGAACCAACAACACUGAUGCUUCAAAGACUAAACCAGUGCUCCAAAAUACCUCUGGAAGUUCGGAUGGCGAAAUGGCGGAUGAAGAAGAUGCUCUUGACGGUGUAUUUGGUGGACCAGAACCAACAGAGAGCGUUCCUGCUGCGCCGGUUAAUGCGAAAGCUUCAAGCAAAGCGCAAACUCGCAAACAGAAGAGAGCUCAACGAAGACAGAGACGGAAAAACCGUGAAGAAGCUUCCGUUAAUAAUAGUACUCCUCAGUACGAACGUGCUUAAGACGAGACUAAACAAGAAUGCUUUGUACUGCUUGAUGAUUUUCACUUUUGUUGAGUUUCUGUAAGCUCCCAUUAACUUAUAUUAUAUAUCAGGUUUCAUUUCCAUGAAUUAUCAUUUGGAAUCCCAUUUUAUGAAGGACUAUUGUGUAAUAAAAAUGUUUGAGACAUCCA